AUGAGGAAGACAUUCGCCAAUGUCACAUUCGAUGGCGUCAAAGAAAAAGGGGUUGCGGCUCCACGCCGGAAGUUGAAGCGACUGGACUCGGAAUACGAGCCCAGUUUCGGGUCCAAAGAGUAUUUCCGCCGGAAAAUGGGUUCCUGUUGCACCCAAAAGACCCUGCGCCGGAAGGUACCCGUGAUUUCCUGGCUGCCCAAGUAUACCAGCGUGGAUUUCAUCGGGGAUCUUAUUGCUGGCAUCACAGUUGGCUUCACCAUCAUCCCCCAGGGCAUUGCCUUUGCUGAGCUGGCCAAUCUCCCUGCUCAGUAUGGUUUGUAUGCUGGCUACCUUGGCUCCCUGAUAUACAUCUUACUUGGAACUACAAAGGAAAUCACUAUUGGACCUGCAGCUGUCAUCUGUAUCCUGCUUGGUGGUGCCACCUAUGAUAACUCUACAACAUUCAACCUCACAUUUGUUACCAUCCUCUGCAUGAUAUCAGGCUGCUUCUCUUUACUGAUGGGCCUCCUGAAACUUGCUCCAGUCACAGCAGGUUUCAUCACAGCAGCAGCCCUUGUCAUUAUUGUCAGCCAGUUUAAAUCAUUGCUGGGUCUGAAAGGUGUUCAUGGUGAACAACUCUUGGAGCUGGUCCCAGGUGUCUAUUCAAAGCUGCCAACUACCAACUAUCAUGACAUGUACAUGUCCUUGAUUGCCUGUGCAGUCCUGAUCUUCAUGCAGGAAAUGAAAAGGUUCAACUGGAACUGGUGUAUCAAAAAUCCAGAAAGGGCAUCCAAGUUCCAGCAGGUCACCUUUGUAGUUUCUUCUGCCAGGAAUGCUCUGGUUUUGGUGGCCUGUGCCAUUGGUGGAUACUACUACAAUGAGCACAUGGGACAAAAAGUCAUUUCUCUCACCAAGGCUGUACCUAAUGGAGGAAUUCCUCCACCAAAAGUACCAGAUUUCUGGCUUCCAGCAAUGAAUGAAACCAUUCAUGGAGAAAUAAAGUUUGCCCCAGAAAGAGGAUUAUUGGAUAUUCUCAAGCAAGGUGGUUCUGCUGUUUUCAUCAUCCCCAUAAUCUGCCUGGUGGAGCAGGUUGCUGUGUGCAAGUCAUUUUCAAAGGCGAAGCCAGUGGAUGUGAACCAGGAAAUGAUUUCCCUGGGGAUCAGUCAGUUGGUGGCCAGCUUUUUUCACUCCAUGCCAGUUACUGGGUCAAUUUGCAGAAGCUGUGUGAAUGCUGUAUCUGGUGUCAGAACUCCAUUUGGUGGUCUGUGGUCAGCUUGUGUUGUUCUUUCUGCUCUGCUGUUCUUCACACCUUACAUGGAACACAUUCCUAAGCCUGCCCUUGGAGCCAUUGUUGUGUGUGCUGUCAUACACAUGAUUGAGUAUGAAGAGAUCUGGCAUAUCAUCAAAACCAAGAAGAGGGACUUGGUUCCUUUAUUCAUCACCUUGGGAUCAUGUUGCACCAUUGGACUUGAAUGGGGCUUCUUGAUUGGAGUUGUGGUCAAUCUCUUGAUGCUUUUGAUCUUUGCUGCUGAUCCAAAAGUACCCAUCAUGAAAUUCAAGAUUCAUGAGGACAGAAGAGUGGUGAUCCUGAAGCCAGACAGGUCACUGCAUUACCCAGGUGUUGAGAAGAUUCAUGAGGACAGAAGAGUGGUGAUCCUGAAGCCAGACAGGUCACUGCAUUACCCAGGUGUUGAGAAGGUGAGGAACUUGAUCAGCAAAAAGGCGCAGAAGCACAUGGAUGCAAUGAUAAUUGUGGACUGUGUGAACCUCAUUGACAUUGACUUCACUGGAGCCAAAGGCCUGGGAUCAGUGGCUGCAGCUCUCAGAGAAAGAAACCAGAAGAUGAUCUUUGUCAAUGUUUGCAGCAACAUUGACAGGGCCCUCAAGGGUUUCACUCAUGGAGAAGUGGAAACUUAUGAAACUGCUCAGGACUGGAUUGACACUUUGGCUGACGUGAACGACAAGAGGAUCAUGGUCAGGUCACUCUCGUCCCUCAACGACUGCGACACGCACCACAACAAACACAGGUACCCGGAAAAGAUGGACGACGUGGAAGAGCACCAGGAGGAAAUCAUGGACCGCAGCAACGGCUACUACAACAACACCGGCACCAACGGGCUCGAGCGGUACCUUCCCUCUGGUCCCAUGCCGGUGCAGAUCACGGUCCCGCGCGUCACCGUGGCCAAGAACCAUUGCGGCAACUGCGGCGCCAAGGUCGUGGACGCCAAUGGCAGCGGCGCCAGUCCGAAGGCGGCACACAUCAACAAAACGAGCUACAAGAUCCGCAUGUGAUCUUAAUCAAUGCGGAGAGGGAGAAUAAAAGGGCGGCAAAACGGAAGGAACGAACGGGCACCCGGGCAGAAGUAGCGACAUCUGCUCGAGCUCUCAGAUGUCAAGUCCACGCUAUCCAAUAUAGAUGACACUAAAUUCAAGAGCCUUUCAUCCAUCCUUCGAUUGCGAGACCGACUUCCAAUAAUUCAAUAAACUCGAAUUUCUUAUCAAGAACGUUGCGACAUUAUUUAAAACAAAAAAUCCUCGGAAACGUUGAAGAGCAGCCUCUUACAUUUCCUGCCGAGCGACAUCUAGUCAAAAUUUAAUCGAAUUUACGCAGCGUACAGUUACAAGAGCUCUCGUAAGAUGUCUUAAAAUGCGCGUCCAUGCAAGUGUUGCCUCGUUACCGGUCAUUUUUCUUUCGCCGCUUUCUCUUUCACAUUAGGCUUUCGAAUAUCGGAAAUCGAUGCCACUUUCCGUUCGGAUGAGGAAGAUUUGAAAUCAGUUUAUGAAGGGCGAAACGUGAAAAGAGUUUUCGGGAUUUCAAAGAUUUCGACAGCGUUCGCACCCGAUGUUGCUGAGGGCGACAUCUUCCUUUCGCUGCUUUGGGCUUGAGAUACUGUACUUGAGUGCUUUGCGGGUGUUAAAUCUGUCAAGGAACCCCGUUUCAUUUUCUCCAAUGCGGGAUUCCCAUUAUUUUUUUCAGUCAAAUUCUUUUUUUUUUCAGAUGUGUAAAUAUGAUGACAGGUUUUCUUUUUUUUAAGAAUUGAGAGGAUUUUGUGGUGCAAUAAAUGGAAAAUUAUUUACAUGCACA